AUGGGCAAGAAAUCCCGCUCCGCACCGGGCCGCCGGCCCAUCCUUCAGCUUUCCCCUCCCGGACCCCGGCGAGAUGAAACGGCAACAAGUCAAACAGAAGGAGCCGAUUCGGGUUCCGAAGCCGACGAACCCGAAGCGGUGGCCGAGCCCCCCCGCACUGCUCCCAACCCACCGCCCCCCACUCCCGCUGCUGUUAAGCCGACAGGAGGUCUGUGCCUGCUUGGUGCCUAUGCAGACAGUGAUGAAGAGGAGGGAGAGACUCCAGAGAAGUUGGCACGGCCAGCAGAUGCUAAUGGCAGCAACUCAUCGGACAUUGACAGCACCCUGGCAAACUUCCUGGCGGAGAUCGAUGCCAUCACAGCUCCCCCACAGCCCACCGAGCCUUCCACUGCUUCCUCUUCCUCAUCUGUGCCCCCUCCCACGCCUCCUCGCCCAGAGCCGAAGGAGUCAGGCGCUAGUCAGGCCUCUGGUGGCAAUGCCAACGGUGCGAGCUCAGCACCGGUACAGGAAUGGCAGUAUGACACACAGUGCUCACUGGCUGGAGUUGGGGAGCUGGAAAUGGGUGACUGGCAGGAGGUGUGGGACGAGAACACUGGCUGCUACUAUUACUGGAACACCCAGAGCAACGAGGUGACCUGGGAGCUGCCUCCGUAUCUGGCCACACAGGUCCAGGGCCUGCAGCACUACCAGCACAGCAGCACCAGUGCCAAUGGUAGCUUUGUCACAGCUGCCACUGAGCUGUACCCCCAGGAGAAGGGGAUUUCCCCAGGUGGUGUUGGCCGUGGGGCCAGCCUGGCCAAGCGAGAGGUGAAGAAGGAGGUGAAUGAAGGUGUCCAAGCCCUCUCCAACAGUGAGGAGGAGAAGAAAGGGGUGGCUGCAGCUCUCCUGGCACCUCUCCUACCUGAGCAGGUAAAGGAGGAAGAGGAACGCUGGAGGAGAAAGGUGAUCUGCAAGGAAGAGGUUGAGCCACCCCCAGAAGAGGAGGUGAAAGGGGAGGAGGCAGCACCAGCUGCUCCUGAAGAGCCAGAGCCCAGCAGGGAUCCUCUGGAAGACACGGUGCAGGAGGAGCUGUGCAGCGUGGUGCAGUCAGGGGAGAGUGCUGAGGAGGAGGAGGAGCAGGACACCCUUGAGCUGGAGAUGGUGCUUGAGAGGAAGAAGGCCGAGCUGCGUGCCCUGGAGGAAGGCGAUGGCAGCGUGUCGGGCUCCAGCCCCCUGUCGGACGGCAGCCAGUCGGCCGCGCAGGACUCGAGCCGCCGGCUGGCAUCCAAACGGGGCAAGUGGAAGCUGUUUGUGGGAGCUGCCAGCCCCGAGUCUGCCAGCAGAGGCUCCAGCAAAACGGGCCGGGAGAGCCCAGAAGCAGCAGAAGCAGCACCAAGCACAGAAGCUACUGAUGCCAGUUCAGACAAAGAGAUAGAGCCUGAGGAGCCCCAGGAGAAAACAAAAACUCAAGGGGCACCAAAAAUAGAAGAGGAGGAGCAGGACCUAAAGUUUCAGAUUGGAGAGCUGGCAAACACUCUGACUAGUAAACUGGAGUUCCUGGGCAUCAACAGACAAUCUAUCUCCAACUUCCACAUGUUGCUGUUGCAGACAGAGACGCGCAUUGCAGACUGGAGGGAAGGUGCUCUCAAUGGAAUCUACCUCAAACGCAAACUCCAAGACGCAGCCGAACAGCUAAAACAAUACGAAAUAAACGCCACCCCUAAAGGCUGGUCCUGCCACUGGGACAGGGAGCAUAGACGCUAUUUCUAUGUUAAUGAGCGCUCAGGAGAGUCCCAAUGGGAGUUCCCCGACGGGGAGGAUGAAGAGGAGGAGGGAGGAGAGCGAAGUAGCGAGAGAAAAAAUGAAGGACCUCCCAAACCACCUCCCAAAGACAAAGGAGAGCGUGCCGAGGAACCCGCCGAGCGCUCCUCCACAGGCUCCCUAUGUAAAGAAUCCUUCUCAGGCCAAGUCCCUGCCACGUCUCUCAUGCCGGUCACUCCAUUUUGGACUCUGCUCCAGUCCUCUGUGCCAGUUCUCCAACCUCCUUUGCCUUUGGAAAUGCCUCCACCGCCGCCGCCUCCCCCUGACUCGCCCCCGCCCCCACCGCCCCCUCCACCACCCCCACCACCGCCUCCCGGAGAAGAUGGAGAGAUCCAGGAAGUGGAGAUGGAAGAUGAAGGGGGCGAGGAACCACCAGCACCAGGAACGGAGGAGGAUGCUCCCCUGAAGCCUCUCCUGCGCCCAGCCACCAGCAGCACCCAGGCUGCCAUGGAGCCGACCCCGACCCCGCUGCUCUCUGCCAAGCCCCAGAAGCGAAAAGCUGCAGAGAUGAGCCCGGGGGUGCUGCAGCGAGCGGCCACCAUUGGCAGCUGCCCAGUCAUCUACAGCCAGCCCCUGAUGGCCACCGGCAAAUACCAGCCCCAAGCUGUGCCCCUGGGCUCUCUGAGACCUCGCCAGCGCCUGCAGCCAGAGAUCCAAGGCCGCCCCAACCUCCGCCUCACCCCGGGCCACACGGGUGCCGCUGCUGCUGCGCUGGGGCUGCAGUCCGGUUACCUGGGGGUGACGGCGCCUGCCGCACCCUCCAUCAUCGGCUACUCCGAGUGCACCGUGCCCGGCAGCCUCCCUGCCACUGCCAUGCCUCCUGCCCCAGCACGAGCAGCCCUGCCCACCACUGAGCAGCCGCCGCCUCCACCGCCCCCCCAGACACCCCCACCACCCACACCCAAGGCCCCGCCGCCACCGCCGGAGAAGGAGAAACCAAGGAAGGGGCGGAAGGACAAGGGUAAGAAGGGGAAGACGAAGAUGCCGUCACUGGUGAAGAAGUGGCAGAGUAUCCAGAGAGAGCUGGAUGAGGAGGAGAAUUCCAGCUCCAGUGAGGAGGAUCGGGAGACCACAGCCCAGCGGCGCAUUGAGGAGUGGAAGCAGCAGCAGCUGAUGAGUGGCAUGGCAGAGAGGAACGCCAACUUCGAGGCACUGCCGGAGGACUGGCGAGCGCGGCUGAAGCGCAGGAAAACAGCCUCCAGCACCUGAGGCUCAGCAGCCUCCUUCCUCCCCUUGGGUUUCUUUUUUUACAGAUGUACAGUCCCCUACCCCCCCUACCCCCCUUCUUGACCGUUGUCCAAUAAA